AUGGACACCGCCAUGGACGACUUCAGCACCUUUGACCUGGGCGACUUUACCCUGUCCUCCGGGGAGACCAUCCCCAACGCCUACAUUGCCUACAAGACGUUUGGCGACAAGGCCAGCCCAGCCAUCAUCUACCCGACCUGGUUCAGCGGCCGCAUCGCGGACAACGAGUGGCUCGUCGGCGCGGGCAAGGCGCUCGACCCCGCGCGGUACUUCAUCAUCAUCCCGGCGCUCAUCGGCAACGGGCAGUCUGUGAGCCCGUCCAACACGCGCGCGCGCCGCGGCAGCGGCGCCAAGUUCCCCGACGUGUCCGUCCGGGACAAUGUGACGGCGCAGCACCGGCUGGUGACGGUCGGGCUCGGCGUCGCGCACGCGCGCAUGGUGCUCGGGUGGAGCAUGGGCGCCGGGCAGACGUACCAGUGGCUGACGCAGUUCCCCGACUUCAUGGACCUGGGCGUGCCGUUUUGCGGCGCGGCGCGCACCGCGCUGCACAACCAGGUCUUCCUCGAGGGCGUCAAGAGCGCGGUGCUGGCGGCGCGGCGCGGCGCGAGCGCGGGCAGCGCGCGCGGCGAGGUCGGCCCGUAUGCGCCGCACUGGUCCGACGAGGAGCGCGUGGCCGGCUUGAAGGCGCUCGGGAGGGUGUAUGCCGGCUGGGGCUUCAGCCAGCAGUUCUACCGGGACAGGCUGUACGAGACCGCGCUGGGGUUCAAGGACCUCGAGGACUUCAUGGUCAACUUUUGGGAGGCGUGGGCGCUGUCAAAGGAUCCGGAGAAUAUGCUGCACAUGCUGCACACGUGGCAGGCGGCCGAUUGCUCCGACCAGGCGCCGUACAACAAGGACUUUGAAAAGGCCAUGGCGGGCAUCAAGGCCAAGACGCUGGUCCUCCCCGGCAAGACGGACCUCUACUUUCCGCCCGAGGACUCCGAGUACGAGGUCAAGUGCAUGACCGAGGGUAGGGGAAAGUGCAUCCCCUUUCCGUCCAUCUGGGGACACUGGGCCGGCGGUCCGGGCUCGAACCCGGAGGAUGUCAAGUGGCUCGACGACAAGCUCAAGGCCUUCUUGGAAGAUGAGUCUUGGUAG